GUGAAGGUAAAAUGAAACAAGACCUUUAAACAGGUAAAAACGAAAGUUAACAAAAGACGCCAUUUUGUUUAUUUCAACAGGUAAAUAUUUUGUGAGGGAGGACUCCAAAAUGAGUGGAACUUCUGACCCCAGUAACAGCAGGAGGAAGAGACGGAGAUCAAAAUCUCCAGGACCCAGUGGUGUGUCUAUGAAAAGUAAUAAAUCCAUUGGGUACACCCCUGAUUUCAGUAACACACCAGUGACCUCUGUCCCUGCGGAAGAAAUACUUGACUUCAGAUCUAAGCAGUUCACUACAUCCCACCAUCAAACACACCCCGGAGACCUGCAGAGAGUCAAAGACCAACACAGAACCAGCAUGAAAAACAAGUAUGGGAGCUUAUUUGAGGGAAUCAAAACAAAAGAGACCCUCCUGAACAAGAUCUACACACAGCUUUACAUUACCAAGGGAGAAAGAGAAGGAGGGAACAAAGAACAUGAGGUUUUACAGAUGGAGAAAACAAACAGAACAAAACACUCACAAGACACUCCAAUCUACUGCAAUGACAUCUUUAAAGCCUCACCUGAACUAGAAUGUGAGGAGAAAGACCAAAUCAAGACUGUUCUUACUAAAGGCAUCGCUGGAAUCGGAAAAACCAUCUCUGUGCAGAAGUUCAUUCUGGACUGGGCCAAGGGAAAAGACAAUCAGGAUGUAGAUUUCAUAUUUGUGCUUCCAUUUCGAGAGCUGAACUUGAUCCGAGAUCAUGAGUACAGUCUUCACAGACUUCUGCUGGACUUUCAUCCUGAACUUCAAGAUCUGGACUCAAAGAUUUAUGAGGAGUGUAAAGUUGUUUUCAUCUUUGAUGGUCUGGAUGAAAGCAGAAUCACACUGAUGUUUUCAGAUGAUCAGAAAGUUUGUGAUGUGACUGAGACUUCAUCAGUGGGUGUGUUGAUGUCAAACCUCAUGAAAGGAGAGCUGCUUCCCUCUGCUCUCAUCUGGAUCACCUCCAGACCAGCAGCAGCCAAUCAGAUCCCCUCCAAAUACAUCAACCGUCUGACAGAAAUUCAGGGAUUCAAUGAGUCUCAGAAGGAGGAAUAUUUCAGGAAGAGAAUCAGUGACCACCAUCAAGUCAGCAGAAUCAUCUCACACAUCAGAAAAGCAAAAAGCCUCCACAUCAUGUGCCACAUCCCUGUCUUCUGCUGGAUGUCAUCCACUGUGCUUCAGAAGCUCCUGAAAGAUGAUCUGAGUGCAGAAAUCCCUCAAACUCUGACUGAAAUGUACAUCCACUUCCUGCUGAUUCAGAUCAACAUGAGGAAUCAGAAGUAUGAAGAGAGAGAUCCAGAGAAACUCCUGCAGUCCAACAGAGAAGUGAUUGUGAAACUAGCUGAAGUGGCUUUCAAACAGCUGAUGAAGGGCAAUGUGAUGUUCUAUGAGGAGGACCUGAUUGAGAGCGGCAUAGACGUCACUGACGCCUCAGUGUAUUCUGGGAUUUGCACUGAGAUCUUUAAGGAGGAAUCUGUGAUUCAUCAGAGAAAAGUCUACAGCUUCAUUCAUCUGAGCAUUCAGGAGUUUCUCGCUGCUUUCUAUGCAUUUCACUUCCACAUAAAUAGCAAUACAGAAGCGUUAUUAGAUUCACUGCAUAAUUUGCAUAAAAGAGCAGUAGGUAAAGCUCUUGAGAGUAAGAAUGGUCAUCUGGAUCUGUUCCUGCGGUUCCUGCUGGGCGUCUCACUGGAGUCCAAUCAGAGACUCUUACAGGAUCUACUGACACACACAGAGAACAGCUCAGAGAGCAUCAGGAGAACCACACAGUACAUUAAAGAGAAGAUCAAAGAUGGACAUGGACUCUCCACUGAAAGAUCCAUCAAUCUGUUCCUCUGUCUGCUGGAAGUGAAAGAUCAGACUCUGUCCAGAGAGAUUCAGGAGUUUGUGAAAUCAGACAAACACUCAGAGAAGAAACUCUCUCCUGCUCACUGCUCAACAAUCGCCUACAUGCUUCAGAUGUCAGAGGAGGUGCUGGAUGAGCUGGACCUCAAGAAAUACAACACAUCAGAUGAGGGGAGAAGAAGACUGAUACCAGCUGUAAUCAACUGCAGAAAAGCUAUUUUUUCUGGCUGUAAUCUGACUGGUCAGUCCUGUAACAUGGUAUCAUCAGCUCUACAAUCCUUAAACUGUGUCCUGAGAGAGCUCGAUCUGAGUAACAAUGACCUGCAGGAUUCAGGAGUCAUGAUGCUUUCGGAUGGACUGAAGAGUCCAAACUGUCAGCUGGAGAUACUGAGGUUGUCUGGCUGUAUGGUGACAGAGGAAGGCUGUGGUUAUUUGUUUUCAGCUCUGAGUUCAAACCCCUCACACCUGAGAGAGCUGGAUCUGAGCUACAAUCACCCAGGACAAUCAGGAGUCCAGCUGCUCAAACACAAACUGGAGGAUCCAAACUAUAAACUGGAGAUACUCAAUUUGGAGCAUGGAGAAGAUUUCAGAAUCAAAUCAGGACUGCGAAAAUAUGCUUGUGAUCUCACACUGGAUCCAAACACAGCACACACUCAACUCAUCCUGACUGAAGGGAACAGAAAAACAAGCUGCACAAAAGAGGAGCAGCCGUAUCCUGACUGUCCAGAAAGAUUUGAACGUUUUGAGCAGGUUUUGUGCGGACAGAGUCUGACUGGACGCUGUUAUUGGGAGGCUGAAUGGAGUGGAUGGGCUCAUAUUGCAGUGGCAUAUAAAGGAAUCAAACGGAAAGGUGGGAGUGACUGUCGGUUUGGACUCAAUGACAAGUCUUGGAAUCUUUACUGCUGUGAUACGCUUUACUCUGUCUGGCACAAUAAUAAGAGGACAAACAUUCCAGUCCCUUCAUCUUCAUCUUCAUCUAACAGAGUAGGAGUGUAUCUGGACUGGUCAGCCGGCUCUCUGUCCUUUUACGUCAUCUCUAACACACACACACUCACACACUUACACACAUUUAACACCACAUUCAAGGAACCCCUCUGUGCUGGAUUUAGAUUAUAUCCUGAGUCUUCAGUGAUUCUCUGUGAAAUUUAAUUUUUUGAAGAAAAUGCAGUGACGCUUAUGGCAGCUAAAUUCCACUAGAGAAGAUAAAUGAAAUGGUAAUUGUGACUUUGGCAGUUAGGAGACAUAGUUGCAAUUGUAGGAUAUAAAGUCACAAUUACCAAAAAAAAAAAAGGGGACCAUUUUGGAGGUAUAAACUUAAGAUGGCAAUAAAUAUAGUUCUUCAGCACUUCCAAGAUAAAGAUGCAAAUACCUUUAGCUCCAGGCUUUCACAGACAUUUUCACAGAGAUCUUUUCAGUACUAUAGAACUGUUGAUCAUAAUAAGAAAUUUUAUUUGGCCUUCACAGACCAAUUUCCCUUACAUUUGAGGUAAUACAUUUCUUUGUAUUAAUUUAUGUAGUACUUUAUGUAAAUUUUACACUACAUUUCAUGUAAACAUGGCUGAAUAAGUCUAUUUUUUUUUCCACAUGUAGAGUAUAAAGCGUCUGACCACAGGUCAAUGGUUUAAAUGAUCAUCUUUUAUAUUAGUUGUAAAUUAUUUAUUAAUCUGUCUGACUUCAUAUGGUUACAACAGUGACAGAAAUGUUUACACAUCAGAACCAGUGGAAAUGUUUAUUUAUUUACAGUUUUAUUAACAGUUGCAGAGUUUACUGCUGGAUUAAUGUUUUUCCUUAAAAAAAAUGAUAAUGCUUUAAUGAUAAUGCUUUGAAAUAUGCAAGUUUCAUUCAGUGGAUAUAAAUAUAUUAACUAUAUUACAAUAAAUAACAUUUGGAUGGACAG